AUGCUUACUGCAGUUAGUAUUGAUGCAAACAAUGAAAUUUUUUUCCUAGCCUAUGGUAUUGUUGACACUGAAAGCACUGAGAGCUGGACAUAUUUCUUCAGAAAUCUGAGAUGCUUGUUUGCAACUGAAGGUUGUCAUAAGGAUGACUGGACCUUUAUUUCUGACAUAAUGAGGGGAGUUGAUGCUGCAAUACAUGAUUUCUACCCAAAGGAAACAAGGAGGAUUUGCUGCCAACAUCUAUACUUCAAUUGCAAAACAGCAGGAUGGAGUGGUUCAACAUUUCAUAAGCUGUUUUGGAUAGCUGCAGAUGCAUACAAUGAGUAUGUCUUUGAGAAAGCAAUGACUAAAAUCAAAGAGCAUGAUGUUGCACCUGAAAAAUACUUAAGGGAUGUCCUAGAGCAAUGGUCAAAGAAGAUGUUUGACAGCAAAGUAUGUUGUGAUCACAACACAACAAACAUUGUUGAGUCUUUCAACUCCUGUACAAAGGCUUUCAGAGACAUGCCUAUGCUUACACUACUGGAAGCUGUAAGAAAUUGGGUGAUGAAGAGAGUGGGAUCCAGAUUUGACAAGGCUAUAAACAUGGAACCUGAUCAACUCAUAGAGUAUGCACAGAACAUACUCCAAAGUAGAAGUGAUGACUCAAGAUUUUGUCAUGUCACUUUAUGUGGGGGGGGGGGGGAGAGGGAGUUUGAGGUCAGAGAUAGGCAUGUUAAAUUCCCUAUCAAUCAGGAUUUGAUGACUUGUGGGUGUGGCAAAUGGCAAGGCUCUGGAAUUCCCUGUAAGCAUGGCUUAAGGGUUAUAUACCACCAGAGAUUGGAACCCACCAAUUUCAUUUCAACAUACUUUAAAGGGGCUGCCUACAAAGCAACUUAUGCCCGGCACAUCCACCCUAUGGCUAACCCUACUCAUUGGCCAAGUUUUGAUGUUCCUCAAAUCCUGCCCACAAAUGUGAAGAGAAGUGCUGGAAGACCAACAAAACAGAGAAGAAGGGCCCCACAUGAAGCAAGGAAAGGCAAAAGGCACAAGAACAAUUGGAAUUUUCAAGGAGUUGAGGCAUAA